AUGAAGCACCGUGUCAUCCACCAAUUUAAGAGGGCUCACAUCGCCAGCUGCCCCUCGACAGCUCGGCUCUCAUUUGCAUUGCCUUCAGGCCGACGAUGCUACUCGACACAUCCCCCAAAUGCCAAACUUAACCUCCCCGUCGACUACGGCACGACGCCUCUACUCGCACAUAGCUCCCAAACUGCUCUAAGUCACAAGGAGCUUCCUGAACAUAUCCGCAAUGGCCCAACAAAGAAGAUGAACCUGUUCCAGGCCAUCAACGAUGCGAUGGGAAUUGCUCUUACAGAAGAUGAGUCCGUUGUUGUUUUUGGCGAGGACGUAGCCUUUGGUGGUGUCUUUAGAUGUACCAUGAACCUUGCCGAAACACAUGGCGCCGAGAGAGUGUUCAACACUCCUCUCACAGAGCAAGGGAUUAUGGGUUUCGGUAUUGGUCUUGCUGCGGAAGGCAUGCGACCCAUUGCUGAGAUCCAGUUUGCCGACUAUGUCUACCCAGCAUUUGACCAAUUGGUAAACGAGGCGGCCAAGUUCAGAUAUCGUGAUGGAACUUGCGGCCGAAGUGUUGGUGGAUUGACUGUUCGAAUGCCUUGCGGCGGUGUCGGUCACGGUGGUCUCUACCAUUCACAAUCUCCCGAGAGUUUGUUUACACAUAUCCCUGGACUGAAGGUCAUUAUGCCAAGAUCGCCGGCCCAAGCCAAAGGUCUUCUCUUGGCAGCUAUCCGUAGCAACGAUCCCUGCGUCUUCUUGGAACCCAAGAUCUUGUAUCGCGCAGCUGUUGAGCAAGUACCUACAGGAUCAUACGAACUCCCACUAUCCAAGGCUGAAGUCUUGAAGGAAGGCAAAGAUGUCACCAUUGUAUCUUAUGGUCAACCUCUUUACCUCUGCCAUAAUGCCAUUAAGCAAGCAGAACAGGACUUGGGCAUCUCCGUUGAGUUGAUUGACCUGAGGACUUUGUACCCUUGGGAUAAGAAGACUGUUCUCGAGAGUGUUCGAAAGACAGGGCGAGCUAUGGUUGUCCACGAGGCCAUGGUUAACGCAGGUAUCGGUGCUGAGGUUGCUGCGGUUAUUCAAGAGGAUCACGAUACUUUCUUGAGAUUGGAGGCUCCGGUUGCUCGGGUUGCUGGUUGGAGUAUUCACCAGCCUCUUCUUUAUGAGAGAUUCAACCUACCUGACGUUGCAAGAAUUUACGACAACAUCAAGAGGCUACUGGAUUAUUGA